AUGUCCUUACCGAAUCCGACUGGGCAAUUAGAUGGGGCCCUGGCAGCCCCGAAAUACGGUACCCUUAUACCGAACAGGGUAUUUGUCGGCGGAAUCAGUGGCGAUACGACGGAGGCCGAGCUAUGCCGUCUAUUUUCAUCAUACGGGAACGUUAAGUCGACUAAGAUCAUCGUGGAUCGAGCCGGUGUUAGUAAAGGGUACGGAUUUGUCACAUUCGAAACGGAGCACGAAGCGCAAAAACUUCAGAACGAUUGCGAUUGCAUUGUCCUGCGAGAUCGCAAGCUCAAUAUUGCGCCUGCCAUCAAGAAGCAGACACUCUGCGCUACGAACGGUGCCGUGUAUUAUGCUGCAACCCCACCGACACCAGCCAUAAACAAUAUACCGAUCGAGCAGUUUGCCACAGUAUACCCGCCAGGUGUGCCAACCAUGUAUCCUCCAACGUUGCCGUAUCAACCGUUCUACCAGUACUACAGUGUGCCAAUGGUUCCCAAUGCUUUCCCUCCACAGAAUGUUCCCACUAUCUGGCCUCAGAAUUAUCAAGGAAUCUACCCUUGCUAAGCGGCAACCGAAGGAGAUGCGUAUGUUGCAGCAUAGUAUAUAAAACAGUCAAGACUAUAGGCGCAGUUUUGUACGUGAAAUUCAGGCUAUACAACGGAAUCAGUGGUGCGAGAGAAAGAAAGUGUGUGUAUGUAUGAG